ACGAGUUACGGAAUUAAUUCCGAAUUUUCGAACGGGACUGUUCCACACCGACCGUCUUGACCUUUGACAUGGUUCGACAUGCUUAAGAAAUUUAUCUAAUAGUGGCGCGAGACGCGAAGGGUUAAGCGAACAAGUCGGAGGCCAGCACUUAUUCUCCUCUGUAUUUGCUUCCUCUGUUUUCAUGGUAUCUGCCUCGAAAUUCCUCUCCCGUGGAAAACGUGGAAAACGGCAACAUGGAACAUAAAAAGAACUCAGACGUCAGUGCUCAUGCGGCAACAUUUAAAAAAUUACGUCGUAAAUUUUCUUCUUCUUCUGCACAAGAUUUGAGAUAUUAUGAGACGGAAAAAGAUAACGAAGGCGUUUCCUCUCCUAGGGGAAUCAUAGAAGCUUGCAUGAGUAGCAUGAAUAAAGGAUCAGAAUCUGACGAUAAUAGCACAUCUAAUCCUGAAGCCAGUGCAUCGAAUUCAAAGAUGCAUACUCGCUGGCGUAAAUUCGUCAAUGUUUGGAAAGUUAGUCCUAUUAAGAAGUUACCUUUAAUUCCUCCAAAGCAAUUAAGUAAAAAGAGCUCGAGUGCCAGUGAAAAUGUAGCCUUUGACUUGAGCAAUUUUAAUUCUCCCUGGAAAAACUUCAGCCUCCAAGAACUCCAAAAUGCAACCUGUAAUUUUAGUCCUGAUAAUUUAAUUGGAAAGGGUGGUUAUGCUGAAGUAUUCAAGGGUUCUUUGACUGAUGGGCAACUUGUGGCUGUUAAAAAGCUCAACAAAGGAACAUCUGAAGAACAGAUCGUAGGUUUUCUAUCUGAAAUUGGCACUAUAGCACAUGUUGAUCAUCCUAAUACAGCAAAAAUGGUUGGUUAUGGUGUUGAAGGGGGGACAUAUCUUAUACUUGAGUUGUCUCCACUUGGGAGUUUAGGAUCGCUUCUUCAUGGAAAGAAGGAGAGAUUAGACUGGGGUGCUAGGCACAAAAUUAUUGUAGGGACAGCUGAUGGUUUGCUGUAUCUUCAUGAAAACUGUCAAAGGAGAAUCAUUCACAGGGAUAUUAAAGCAGAUAAUAUUCUGCUCACUGAGAAUUUUGAGCCCCAGAUUUGUGAUUUCGGGCUUGCAAAAUGGCUACCAAAACAAUGGAGCCAUCAUAACGUAUCAAAAUUUGAAGGCACAUUUGGCUACUUUGCUCCAGAAUACUUCAUGCAUGGCAUAGUGGAUGAGAAAACUGAUGUUUAUUCUUUUGGGGUGCUAAUUUUGGAGAUAGUGACUGGACGCCGAGCUAUUGAUGACUCACAGAAAAGCCUUGUACUCUGGGCAAAACCUUUGCUGGAGAGCAGUGCAAUUGAGGAACUUGUUGAUCCUUCUCUUGGUAGUUUAUAUAACCAAGAGGAAAUGGAUUGCGUGCUCUUAACUGCCUCUGUGUGUAUCGACCAGAAUCCAAUUCUUCGGCCUCGAAUGAGUCAGGUUCUGGAGAUUUUAAGAGGUGAUAAAUAUGACCCCCACUGUCCAAGAGUGCAACAAAAGCGAUUACUUCAAAGAACCUACUCAGAAGAGAUUAAUGAUGCAGAAGAAUACAACUCAACAAAAUAUUUACAUAACGUCGAUCGACUUAAGGAAAUAGCUUUGGAGACAUAAAAGCGCUAUAACAACUUCAGCUAAUUGUAAUCAUUUCUUGAUGUAGAGUAACCAGAUGACCUUCCACAAAAGUCAUGUAAACUACUUUGGAGCUUUCCCCAGUGUAGUUCUUUUGAUCAUUUCCUUAAUAGCUAAUAUAUUACUUUUAUGAACUUAUAUAUACAUUAGAA